AUGUUCUCAUUCCUGCGAGCCUCUCUUCCACCCAAGACCUUUCGCGCAGAUGACAAUCCAAUCUACUACGAAGAUGGCGCCUCCAGCCUCGAGUUCCAGGCGGCCGGGUCCGAGUACCUGCUGAGAAACCAACAUCCCGCCUGGGAUCCCAAGAAACCCUCGAUCAUGGUCCCCCCGUUCCACUGGCACAUCCAUCAGACUGAGCACUUCCACGUCGUCUCGGGGACAUGCCACCUGUUCCGAGACUACGCAACCACCCCCUGGAUCACCAUCUCGACCACCGACCCGGCCCUGCCCACCAAGGCGGUGAUUCCGAAACAAGUCUACCACACAAUCAACAACGCCUCCACCACGGAACCGCUGGUGCUGGAUGUGAACCUCACCCCGGAGGACUACGAGGGCGAGCAGCGCUUCUUCCGCAACUUCUUUGGCUAUCUGGACGACUGUCGCAAGGCCGGUGUGCCGCCCAGUCCGUUUCAGUUGUUUGUCUUCUUGCACGCGGCCGAUACGCCACUGGGCAUCCCGAUGCCGACGCGGUGGAUGGGGCUGGUCGCUGGGCGAGUGGUGUUGUGGGGGAUGAACUUUUGGGGGCGUUAUAUCCUGGGCUAUCAACCCAGCUAUCCCGAGUAUUACAACGAGAAAAAGGCCCUUUAA